CGUGAAUCGUCUGCUCAGCUGCUCAGUGGUCGAUUGGAUGUGAAAGUGAGGGGUCGCUCGGGUGUUUUCUACGUUGGCCUGAAGCAUUUCUCAACUUCAACCUACAGAAUAAAAGGCCGCCCCCCCACCGCCCCGGCGUGUGUGUCUGAUGCCCCCCCGCUCGCGCCCGUCGUGAGGCCGCCCGCAACACCAGCAUCUAGACGUCGUCCACGCCCCCGCCCCGCUGAGUCUGCAGGAUGACCAAGUACUUCGAUUUCGUGUGGAGGAAGGAGGUGGAUCAGAGGCUGCAGGACGGCGCCGUCUUCGACCGCUGGACCGAGGACAAGGAAAGCACCGACUAUGAACCCAAUUGCGUCUUCAAAGUGGACGAAUAUGGCUUCUUUGUCUACUGGAAGAGCGACGGACGAGAAGGAAACGUGGCGGAACUCUCGCAAGUGUCCGAUAUUCGUCGCGCUCAGCUGCCCAGGGAUCCAAAAUUGGCGGAUCGUUUACUGAACAAAUUCGGACAAGACGUGGAGGACAAAAUGUUAGCCAUUUGUUCCGGCUUGGAUUACGUCAGCAUCAACUACACCAAUAUAGUGUGCAAGACCAAAGACGAAGCUGAUCAAUGGCAAAAGGGCUUACGAAAAGUGACGAAUAACAACAAGAUUAACAACGUAUGUCCCAAGACGAACCUCAGGAAGCAUUGGAUGAGAUUGGGCAUGACAGUGGACGCGAUGGGCAACAUACCCGUCAAGAACAUCGUCCGAACUUUCGCCUCAGGCAAGACCGAGAAGAUGGUGUACCAGUGCCUUGAGGAUAUGAGUCUUCCCUCGGGCAAGGGCGACAGUUUGGAUAAGGAAGCCUUCACGUUCGAAAAGUUCUUCCACUUGUACUUGACCAUCUGUCCCAGAACUGAUAUUGAUGAACUGUUUACUUCUGUCACAAAAGGAGAACACGUCAGCCUUGCACAGUUGGUGAAGUUCAUGAACGAGAAGCAGCGAGACCCGAGCCUGAACGAAAUCUUGUACCCGCUGUACGACGAGAAACGGUGCAUGGAGAUCAUCACAGCACACGAACCCCACCAAGAAAACAUAGAUAACAAACGAUUUAGCAAGGAUGGGCUAUUGGCUUACCUAAUGUCAGAUGAGAAUGCACCAGUAUUCUUGGAUCGUUUGGACAUCUACCAGGACAUGGACCAGCCACUCUCCCAUUACUACAUCAACUCAUCCCACAACACAUACCUCUCUGGCAGGCAGUUUGGAGGUAAAUCCACUGCCGAGAUGUACAGACAGACACUGCUGGCUGGUUGCAGGUGUGUGGAACUUGAUUGCUGGGAUGGAAAAGGUGAAGACGAGGAGCCAAUCAUCACCCACGGAAAGGCUAUGUGCACAGACAUCCUCUUUAAGGAAGCCAUCAUUGCCAUCCGUGACUGUGCCUUUGUCACCUCUGAUUAUCCAGUUAUCCUUUCCUUCGAAAACCAUUGCUGCAAGAAACAACAGUACAAACUAGCCAAGUACUGUGACGAGUAUUUUGGGGACCUUCUUUGCAAGGAGCCACUACCAGACAGUCCAUUGGUUCCUGGCCAUCCUCUUCCUCCUCCCAGUCAACUCAAGAACAAGAUCCUUAUCAAGAAUAAGCGACUGAAGCCAGAAGUGGAGAAACAGGAGCUGGAACUGUUCCUUCAGGGUCAGCUUGAUCUAGUGGAUGAUGAAGAUGCAAAGGAAGAUGCUUCACAGGCUACUGCUGCUCCCAAAGAGGCCAAGGAGGAAGCUCCGGAAGCAGGUGCUGCUGCUCCAGAAGCCCCAAAAUAUACAGGCACAUCCACAACCAACAUCCAUCCAUGGCUGUCAUCCAUGGUGAACUACGCCUGGCCUGUUCACUUUAACGGCUUUGAUGCGGCUGAAGAAAAGAAUGUCCAUCACAACAUGUCUUCAUUUUCGGAGACCAUGGGGUUAGGAUACCUCAAGACACAGGCUAUUGAGUUUGUCAACUACAACAAGCGGCAGAUGUCUAGAAUCUACCCCAAGGGAGCAAGAGUGGACUCCUCAAAUUACAUGCCUCAGGUGUUCUGGAAUGCUGGUUGUCAGAUGGUGUCCCUGAACUUCCAGACCUCAGAUCUGCCCAUGCAGUUAAACCAGGGAAAGUUUGAAUACAAUGGAAACUGUGGAUAUCUACUCAAGCCUGACUUCAUGCGUCGUACAGACAAAACCUUUGAUCCGUUUGCAGAAUCUCCUGUAGAUGGUGUGAUUGCUGCUCAGGUUUCUGUGUCGGUCAUAGCUGGUCAGUUCUUGUCAGACAAGAAAGUUGGCACAUACGUGGAGGUGGACAUGUAUGGCUUACCAACAGACACCAUCAGGAAAGAAUUCAGAACCCGAAUGAUCCCAGGAAAUGGUCUCAACCCACAGUACAAUGAGGAACCCUUCCUCUUCCGUAAAGUUGUUUUGCCUGAUCUGGCUGUGCUAAGAUUUGGUGUAUUUGAUGAGAAUGGCAAGAUGUUAGGCCAACGUAUUCUGCCCCUUGACGGUCUCCAGGCUGGUUAUCGUCAUAUUUCCUUGCGUACAGAAGGCAACUUCCCAAUGUCUCUUCCCAUGUUGUUCUGUAAUAUUGAACUCAAAAUUUAUGUACCUGAUGGUCUUGGCGAUCUCAUGGAUGCCCUCUCUGAUCCUCGGGCUUUCUUGAGCGCCCAAGAGAAGCGAGAACAGCAGAUGAAGGCCAUGGGAAUUGAGGCAUCAGAUAUUGACACAAAAGCCCUGAAAGGUGGAAAGGGAGGUGCUAAGCCAGGUGGAGCAGGAGGCAAGCCAGCUGGAGGCGCUGGAGGGGCUGCUGGUGCCAAGAAAGAGGAAGAAGUCCUUGCAUUUGAUCCCAUCAAUCUAGAAACACUUCGAGCUCAGAAGAACUUCUUGAAGGCAACUAAGAAGCAGCAGAAGGAACUUGAAAGUAUGAGAAAAAAACACAUGAAGGAACGCUUGUCUAUCCAGAAGGGUCAGUGCAGUGCUAUUGAAAAGGUUGCUAAGGGCAAAAAAGAGGUAUUGGAUGACCCUAAGAUCAAGGCAAUAGUGACUGACCAGAUGAAGCAGUGGUCUGAGAUGAUGGAGAAGCACCGCAAGGAGGAGUGGGAGAUGCUGAAGGAACAUCUCAAGAGUCAAGAAGACAUCCUCAAGAAGCUCAUGGAGGAAGAACAGGCCGGCCAGAUUAAGAAGCUGGAAGGAAAGCAUGAACAGGACAUGAAGGACAUGAAAGCAAACCAGGCAAAGUUGGCAGUAGAAACAGCUAAGGAUGUAGCAUCAGACAAGACACUGAAGACAAAGGCCGACCGUGAUCGUCGUUUGAAGGAAAAGAAUCAAAAUAACACCAAGAGAUUCAUUGAAGAGCGAAAGAUUUCAGCCAUGAAACAGGGCAAGCAGAUGGACAAGUUGAAAAAGGUCCACAAUGAGCAAAUGAGUGCCCUCACCAAGGAUAUCCAGAUGGCCAUCCAAUUUUACGAGAACACAGAAGCUGAAUACAAGAUGUGGCAGAAGAUUGAAUUUUUCUGUUGAAGAGUCAGCCCUCCAUAAUGUAGCUGGAGUUGUGUUAUGGCACACUCUUCACCUCAUGUGAAGAUCUCCAGACCAGCUGCCUUGGUUCAUCUGCAAGCCUUAGCAUCCAUUAUUUCUGUGCAUCUGCAAUAUUAGCCCAUUGGUAAAGUGUGUGUAAUGUGCAUGAAAUGAGGAGUGAUGAAAAUCAGGGUAAUUAGAUGUGUCUGGUUUACAAAACAAAGGAAAUGUGGUUAAGCUCUCCAUUCUCUUUGGAAAACCUGCAAUUCAAAGUCUAGUAAAAAGAAAGUUAAUGCAAACUUAAUCAACACAAUAAUAUGCAGUAAAAGAAGAAAAAGAAAGAAAGAUACAAGUAAUGUGAUAAUGAAUUCCAAAGUCACAGAAUUGUGGAAAUGUACAUGUGGUGGUUGCUUUUCCUGAGACACGGUAGGCAAAUUAAUAAUGCGCUGUGUAUAAUAAGGGAAGACUUUUUCUAAUAGGCUUUGUUUCCGCACGGGAAAUCUAGUCAACAAUAAACGGGCUGGUUGACUUUAAGAUGAGUUAUAGCGGUUUCAUAUAUUGGCAAUAACAGAUUUUAAUAACUGUAUAUUCUUUUCUUUAAGGUUGAGCAAUUUGUUCAUUGUAAGAUUCUAUUGUUAAUGGUCCCAGAUAUAUUUUUGCCACAGAAAAACAUAGCUCUAUUGAAUGUUGAUUACUGGCUAUAACUUUUAUAAAGAGCUUAUACAGAUUUAACACUGUUAGCAUCAUUAUAGGUAACAUUGCAUUUUCCUAAAGUUUAUAGCAGUAGACAGUUUUUUUCUUGGUUUUGUCAUUUUGAUUUAUAUAUUUCAUAAGUAGCCUUUUCAUUAUUUUAGUGGUAAUGACUAAUGUUUACAUUAGUUAGUGUAUUACAUUAUUUUCUCAAUUGUUGCUUGUUGUUCUCAAUAUUGUAUUACAGUAUGCAUUCCUCUCUCAGCUUUAGCAUAAUUAUUGAUUUAGGAAGUAUUACAUAUAGGAUAUGAUAAUUAUAUAAACAUAUUUAUAUAGAUAUAUAAUCAAUGUUAUCCUUGACUGAGAAAUAUUUUGUGAGGUAACUUAGUUUUGAAUAAUGUUGAUAUGAUUAUCAGACAUGCAUAUAUAUAUAUGCAUAUAAUGCUGUUCAGUUUUUGAAAGAGUCCGAAACUCCUUGUACCUUCUAGUCUGUUCUAGUCAAUUUGAUAAGAAUUUAUAUUUAGAAUAUAUUAUAUAUAUUUAUAUAUUCCACUUGUAUGUAAAGAUUGCUUCCUCUGUAGUGCCAAGUGUUGAUGUGCACCAAACUGUUAAUUACACGAUCAGUGGAUGUGAUCCUUUGAAUAGGUGACAUUAAGGUCCAGAUUCUUCCUGACAAUACAGUCAAGAUCAGCCUUAUGAGAGUGUGCUAACAAUGGGUCACUUUAAGUGAUUGUAUUCUUUCCAAAUACACACAAAAAAUCACAUUAAAGUAUAACAGAGUAGAUGCCCAAGAUUGCUAAUCACUUUACUUCCAGACAUUAAUGUUUUUGCUAUUGUUUGUAGACAAGCUAAGUCUUUGCCACUUAAUGAUUUAAAGCAUCAUAAAUGUCAUUGUCAUUUGGUGAUUACAGCAUUGAAAUGAAUACACUAAACAUAAAGGCAAAAUAUGUGAAUGGAAUUAUGAUAUGUGGGAGGAAUCAGUGAGGAAAAAAAUUACUUCAUGAGGACUUUGUUAUUGAUACAGUAAACUACAGCAAUCAACAGCAAUUGAUUUAGAUAUAAAUGUCAUUGAUGGACUGAACUGUAACUGCUGUCAUAAUAUGACAAUUGAAAAGUCAGGGGAAAAUGCUGACAAGUCAACAAAAUGUGGCUGGCAUUCCAUGGUGGAACUUUGUAGUUCAGAAAACCACCUGGACUAAACUGGCAACUGCAGUAAAUUCAUGUGUUUCUUUGCUACAUACACAAAUCAGAUCAUAUUGGUGUUAUAUCUUGAUAUUCAUUAAGCAAUUUUUACCUACGGGCAGUUUUGCCAACGUGCCAAAGAAUCAAAGUUUCCAUCCUCCAGGCAUGAAGCCCAUCGGAAGCAGAGUCAGCCAAUAUUUUUAUACGUUUGGAUAAUAAUGAUAUUGAGGGUAUUUUUUAUCAUCAGUGUUUAGAUGUGAAUAACGUCCAUUAAUGGUGUAACAAUAUGUAUGAAUAUGUACAGACACACGUCUCCCUUUCUCUCUCUAUCUCACACACACACACACACACACACACACACACACACACACACACACACACACACACACACACACACACACACACACA